AUGUCGAACGAUACUAAGCAAAGUUUGAUUCAUACAAAAGAAGAAGGAGAGCCGCACUCGAUUCUAUAUACGUGGACAAUUGAUCAGAUAUCAUUAUUCCUUGAAUCUGCCAAAAGUAGCAAAAAAGUGAUUUAUUUAGAUUCUCCGAAAUUUUCAACUGGUGCGAAAAUAAAAGAUUCAUGGUUCUUAAAACUUGAAAUUGAAAAAGAUGAUAAAUCAGAAUGUAAAUCAUGGGUCUCAUUAUAUUUAGAGUCAUGUAAUCCAAAUCGAGAAAUUCGAUCAAAGUAUUUAUUAUUUAUGUUGAAUGAGAAGAAAGAAAAAAUCGUCAGUAAAUUUAGAGUUUAUAAUCAAUCAAUGGACUAUUGUUAUGUGAAAUAUCUCUUUAUUGGUUCAACGGCUGGGUAUGGUUAUCCCAAGUUUGCAAAAAUAGAUGAGUUAAAAAAAAAAGAUGAAUUUUUACAAAAUGAUACUUUGACAUUUGGUAUCGAUCUGACUGUAUAUGAUGAUUAUAUACCAGUUAAUAGUCCAAAUAAUUUAUUAGAAGGUUGUGAGCGAAAAUUGAGCGAUGACUUUAAAUAUCUUUUUGAAACUAAAAAGAAUUGUGAUAUCACUAUUAAAGUCGGUGAUAAAGAAUUUAAAGCUCAUAAGUUUAUUUUGACUGCUCGUAGCUGCGUGUUUGAAGCUAUGUUUUCUUAUGAUAUGAAAGAGAACAAAGAAAACGAAGUAACUAUCCCAGAUAUAGAUCCUGAUUUCAAAAACACUAAGGAGUUCAAACAAUUGGAAAAGUUCCAUACAUCUCUUGCUUAUGCUGUAGUGAAGAAAUAUGCUGAUGGAGUCGACAAAAAGUUAUGGCCUGUAUUCUGUAGAAGUUUUUCUAGAUCAUGGAUAAAAAUUACCUGCAGUGAUGGAUCAAAAAAUAAAUCAUGGGUCUCAAUAUAUUUGUGUACUAUAAUCAAAGAUCGAAAAGUCCGAACAAAGUUCAAAUUCUUUUUUUUAAAUAAUGAAAGAAAAAAAAUUAUCAAUGAUUGUACAGUGAACAAUAAAUCAGACGUUUGGAUGGAUCACCUUUUUGAUUAUUCAACUUUUUCUGGUUGGGGUUUUCCCGAAUUUGUGAAAAUUGAUACAUUAUUAGAGAAAGAGAACAGAUUUCUUCAGUACGAUACAUUAAUAGUUAGUGUAGAUCUAACUGUCUAUGAUGAUUAUGUUGCUGUUAAUAGCCCAAAUUACUUAUUGGAAGGUUCUGAGCGAAAAUUGAGCGAUGAUUUUAAAAAUCUUUUUGAAACUAAAAAUAAAUGUGAUAUUACUAUCAAAGUCGGUGACAAAAAAUUUGAGGCUCAUAAGGUGAUUUUGAUUGCUCGCAGCAGCGUGUUCAAUGCUAUGUUCUCGCACGAUAUGAAAGAGAACAAAGAAAAUGAAAAGAACUUCUGGAAGCGGCUGACAAUGCCUCCGGUUAUGGAGGAUACUCCUCAGAAGCCAAAGCACGCGUCUCAUUCAUUCCCCCUUGGUGCAAAUGCACCAGUAGAUCAUCAUGUGGGUGAUGAAAGUACUUCGUCAAUCGACACAACAAAUGUAUCCAUGGAGAUACCGGAUGAGAAAUCAAUUCCCGCGCAUCAUGUCUUGACGCCAUUAAAGGAAAAUGUCGCCAUUUUGUGUGAGAAUAGUCCGUCGAUGGACUUGUUAAUUCGUCGCAUGAAUCACCUGGGAUUGAAGACUCCAGUUGACGCGAUUAAAUCCAGAAGAUCUGGUCUUCUGUUCAACAGGACUAUUGGGACUCAAGAUGUCGUCCAGCAAGAAUCCACUCAUCAAACUCCCAGAAGGACUUUAUUUGAUGAAUCAGUCUCUGAGGAAAAAUCUCAGUCACCAAUAGAAAUUGAAAAUGAUUUGCUAAGUAUUGUUCUUGAGCGAACUCAUAGUCAUUGCAAGCGAUUAUCUGAUCAGUUUUCUUUUUCAGAAUCAUUUUUACCAACAGAUUUAAUUCCUUGGGAUUCCUCGACAGGACAUGAGACCAGUAAGAUGAUGCCUGAAGAUCAGGAUGUUAAUAGUUUACGUGAGAUUGAUUCAAAAGCCGAUGAAGAGGCGAAAAAUUCUCAAGUUAAAAUCAAAGUAGAUAAAUUUGAUGUUGAUGAAGGUAAAAAUGUUGAAGAAUGCAAGAUGACAAGUACAUCAGAAGAAUCAGCGUCAGCUCAACUUCAGUGUCUUCAAUUAGCAGAAAAUCAUCAGCUUAAUGAAAGUUUCAUGUAUGUAUCUCAAGUAUUUUUGUGUUUACAGCUCUCAAACAAGCAUGCUGCAAAAAAACAAGCAACUUGUGGUCAAGAAUCUCAAGCUGAGAAAGUUGAGGAUCCGUCCAAAGACAACAUGGGAGAAGAUAUAUUACAAAAAGCCAUAGACGAGAAAAUGGGGGCUUUGUUGAAGGAAGAACAACUGACCUUGGUUCGGAAUAGCUUUUUGAAAAGUUUUCAUAAUGAGUGCGCUAAAAUAACUGGUGCAUGGGAUGAAAAGUCUCAAAAUUUAUCAUCUGAAGCUGAAAAAACAGUCAAUGAGCCGGCUAUGGAUUCUGACGAUAAAAUAAAAGUCCAGAGUAACUUGGUGGAGCAAGAUUCAGCUGCAAAGAAAGAAAUAAAAGUUCAGGAGGACUUUAAAAACGAACAUUCAACUUCCUUUUCUUUGAUGAGCUUUGAAAGUCCUGGAACGUCGUCGAAAAUAAGCUCUGGAGAGAUCAAAGAUUUACAAUGCAUGUCAUCGAGGUCCAGUUCGGACGAAUCGAUGGCUUGCGAUCACAAGUCUGAUCAUUCAGAAAUCUCCAGUGUCUCAGUCAACUUGGAAGGUUCAAAGUCUUUGAAAAGCAAAGAUUACUCGUCUACGUCAUCUUUACAAUCGAGCUAUUCCAACGAAUCAGUUGCUGGAACAGUUGCAUCUGAAGCUCGAGACAAUUCUAGUCUUCUGGUAAACAUCGGAAGCCCAGCGCGGCCAAAAAGUUUGAUUGAUAGCAAAAAUGCAUCUUGUUUAUCUCAUUCGCAAUUAAGUGACUCUAAUUUAAGUAAAUCUGUUUCUAAUUUAUUUAGUUCAAGCAUUGACGCCAUUUCAGGAUCUAGCAAAGGUCCGGAGUUGUCAGAAUUGGCUUCAGUAAUGGAAUCUGAUCACAGCAGGCAUUCAAGAACUUUUUUGAGCUACUUUGACGAGUCGUUUGCUCAAUCUCAUCAUCCAGACACUCCAACCAUUGAAUUCAAUCAAUUUUCUCCAUCGAAAAUUUUUGAGCAGUUUCGUACCAAGUCUCGUAGCGUCUCACCUAACAGACGUUACAGCAAUAUUUUCACAACCGAAGGGCAAGAUUAUUCCAUCAUUGAGCCGAAAAAUCUCAAUACCCUGGAGGAAGAAAGCCCAAGUCAAUGUUCAACAGAGCGACCUUUUACAUACGAUGAUUACAAAAAAAUAAAUUAUAAUCCUGGAAGAGUGUUGAGUGUCGAAGAUGACGAAGACAAGGACUCGUCUAGCAUGAUUGUUGAAGUAAAUUCUAGCCCGACCAGCAUCAAUGAUCCCACCGAAGAUUUUAGUAUGCUUCAUCAAGUAGCUGAGUUGGAGGCCUAUGAAGCUUCUAUGACGGGAGUUGUUAAAACCGAGGGAGAGAUGUAUGACUCUGCAGAACUCUCGAGUAAAAUGGCGGCUAUUGUGGCAAAACAUAGAUUAGAAAAAUCUACUAAGUCAGAGAUUAAGGCCGUUUCUAUUGAAAAUAAAAAAGAAACUGUUGAAAGGUUUUUUGCUCAGUCAGUCGAUAUUCAAGGUCAAUCAGAAGAUAUACUAAAUACAACCAUCGAGCUGAAUGAUUCCGUGGAAUGCCUCAACGAAAUAGCAGCUGCUGAUGCCGAAAUACUAACAGGCACAGAGAAAUUUAAUUCAACUAUCCAGUUAGAUGAUACACAAGAAAUCGAAGAUUCUUUGAUAGACACUUCUGCCAUGCCCGCUUCCGGAUCUGAGUCGAUGAAUAACACGACUUUCUACGAUGCAGUAGAGUCGUUGAACUCUUCGUCAAUGGAGGAAACACCUUGUGUAUCUAAGUCAGUUGAAACUAUCAAGUCUCCAAUGACCCCCAAGUCCAAGAAAAAGUUCGAAAGUUUGUUCCGAAAAGUGAUGGAAAAAACAUCGUUCUUAAAGUCAAAGCCUAUUGCGUCCUCAAGUAAAGUUGAAGAUUUGAGCGGUAGUUCCAUUGUAACCGAGGAAGAACAUUCGAGAGAGAACAAGCGUGUAAGAGAUGAGCGACAAGUUCCUGAUGUGCCAUGUCCACCCUCUCAUAGAUUGACAGUAACGGAGAUCUUCGAUGCAGAGACAGGAAUGCCUCGACCAGAUGUCCUCAAGAAACACUUCAUUCUGGAAGGUAGAAUCGACGAAGCAGCAGCAUUGCGCAUCAUCAAUAAUGGUGCUGCUCUUCUACGAUCCGAGGAGAAUAUGAUUAAAGUUGAGGCUCCAGUUACAAUGUGUGGUGAUAUUCAUGGACAAUUCUAUGAUCUCAUGAGAUUAUUCGAGGUUGGAGGUGACCCCUCAACUAUAAACUACCUCUUUCUAGGUGACUACGUAGAUAGAGGGUACUUUGGUAUCGAGUGCGUAUUGUAUCUGUGGGCACUGAAGUUGUGCUAUCCAACCAAACUGUUCCUACUCAGAGGCAAUCAUGAGUGCCGACAUCUCACUGAAUAUUUCACAUUCAAACAAGAAUGCAAUGUAAAAUACUCGGAGCAGGUAUACAAUGCGUGUAUGGACGCAUUUGAUUGUUUACCACUAGCAGCCCUGGUAAAUAAACAGUUCCUGUGUGUUCAUGGCGGCCUAUCACCACAAAUCCAGGUCUUACAAGACAUCCAAAAGUUGGACAGGUUCAGAGAGCCACCAGCUUAUGGUGCGAUGUGUGACUUACUUUGGUCAGAUCCACUCGAAAACUUUGGGAAUGAAAAGCAUUCGGAACACUUUAUACAUAAUAGCGUUCGGGGUUGUUCGUUUUUCUACAGCUAUGAGGCGUGUUGUGAUUUUCUGGAAACCAACCGUCUUUUGAGUGUUAUAAGGGCGCACGAAGCACAGGACUCUGGUUAUCGUAUGUAUCGUAAAAGCCAGAAGACAGGCUUCCCAUCGCUCAUAACUAUCUUUAGUGCACCCAACUACCUUGAUGUCUACAAGAAUAAGGGGGCCGUGCUCAAGUACCAGGACGGCGUACUGAAUGUUAGACAAUUCAAUUGGUCACCACAUCCAUACUGGCUGCCAAAUUUUAUGGAUGUGUUUACCUGGUCCCUGCCAUUUGUUGGUGAAAAAGCUACAAAUUUACGCAAGGAAGUUAUCAGAAACAAGGUAAAGGCAAUUGCAAGAAUGGCUCGACUGUUUUCCGUCCUCAGAGAACAGAGUGAGAUUGUCUUGAAGUUGAAAGGACUUACGCCCACGGGUUUUCUUCCUUUGGGAGCACUGUCCGGUGGCAGGGUGUCUCUGGAAAACACGCUCAAAAGUUACAAAAACUUAUCGUUCGACGAAGUAAAGCGUCUGGACGCUAUUAACGAGCGAAUGCCGCCACAAAAGAACGCACCACCCACGCCAGUAGACGAGGAAAAGCUUGCCGCUACGGCUACUGAGGAGAAACAAGAAAAAUAAACAUCU